AGCCAUUAUGAUUAUCAACAUGGCGUAAUCUUAUUAUCAAUAUUGCGCUGGUUUAUUGCUAUUUCCGUCGACAGUGGCAGCAGGUUGUAAUUAUGAAGAUUAUUAAAAUUUCAUCCGUAAACACUAACAGGAAAAUCAGUCGAACAGUAACUUGGAAACUCUAAAAAAAAAAGCUGGAGUGCUGCUACUAAUUUUUUGUUAUACAACUGUACAAACAAUAACACGUAUACCAACUGUUCGCUGUUCGAGAGUAAUAUGGAUAACAAAGCAUCAUCCUUUGGCAUGUCAUUUUGUGUAUUCGUAUAUUGUUAAUUAACGUAAAGAAUUCAGGCUUGUUUUUGGGUUUAAAACAAUUUGCACGAGGAUGGGUACUUCGGGACAGCAAGACAGAUCUCUCGGUAGUGGAAUUUCAUUGCCACAAUGGAUGAAAGGGAGACUGGACAAUAGAUUUGACUUUGACGAAGCCGCAUUCAGUCCUCCAUCUUACGACGACAGUUUCUUUUAUGCAAGAUAUCCAAGAUCGCAAAAUACUCAACCAGAACACGGAUUGAAACACAUCGUAAAUGAGGUUUUGAAUGAAAAUAUUGCGAGCUCCACGAACCAGAUAGCGAAUGAAAAAUCCAUUUCCGAUUUGAAAGAGGUCAAGCAGAUUGAUUUUAGCAAACACCCUUUGCCAUGUCAACCGUUUAUACCAGUUGAAAAUAAAGCUGGUGAUAUCAGAACGCACAAAGCUUCAACGAGCGGAAUUGUAAAGCCCAAGUCACAAGGGACAGAUGACGGUUUUCAUGGUGAACCGGCUCUUUGCGGCAAAUCGAUCGUUCAUGUAGCUAGUCAAAUGAUGUCUGGUAAAUUCACCAAGGUAUUCACAUCGGAUUCGCGUUCCCAGCAGUCGGAGAAUUCGGUGAAAAGCGUCAGCAAGUCGUUACCAGCGUCACCGUUAGCAUCGCCGACGGGAACUCCUGAUAGUUCACCAAAAUCACGCAGGAAGAUUCACGCUAAUCGAUACUUCACGGGUGCGUUCAUACCGGAUAAAGAAAAAUAUCAGGGUAAUUGGAUUUUGUCGAGCAUAUUAGGUCAAUCCAGAGAAGCCAUUACAAAGAUAGACGAGGAAGACGAGCUCUUUCCAGACAUGGAACCCCGCAAGCCACUUAAUCGAAAGAAGUCGAUAUCUUCGCAAAAUCUUACGUAUAUCGGAAAGGAAGAAAAAUCGGCGGAUAAGUCGUCCGUUUAUGUUAAUGUACUCGAAGCUAAACCGUCGGAAUUAAGAGAGAUGAAUUUUUGGUCCCCGACUUCCAUGUGAAGCUUUACAUUUUCUUUAAUUUUAACUACAAUCAUUAUUAAUCAUGCUUCUACCAAAGCAUAUUUAGAUUGUUUAGAUGAAUUUAGUUUAAUUCCACAUUAUUGAUGCACAUAGCUGUAAAUUUAGCCCAUUAUACUACUUAACUUGACAACAUUUCAUACGAAAUUGAUAUAUGAUCAUGUAUUUUAACUGGAUUCCUAUAAGUUUAUAACCUUUGGAAAACAGCGGCCAGCAGUAUUUGUCUAUUCGAAAUCCAACAGAAUUACGUUAUCGUUUAAAAGAUGCCGUUGCUAUCUUCUUUUCAAUCAUUUUUUGAGAGAUGUAUAAUACGUCCGAAUGAUUGCCCUAUAUGUUAUUUUCGUAUUAUAUAAGUAUUGUAUUUGCAUACUUGUGUUAUGUCUAUCUUUCAAUCUCAAAAAUGCUUGGAGAGUCGAAAGUGCAAUAUGGUCUGUUUAUUAGCUGUCUUACCAAUUUAACGAUAUCGAUAUCUUAUAUUGUAAUUUACUUAUUCUUCGUGCGUUACAUGUGAAUUGCGUAUAACUAAGAUGCAUCAAAUGUAUCGAAGCUUGUGAACUCGAGAGAUGCAUUUAAAUGACAUAAUGCUCUAUAUUGUGAAAUGUGAUACAAUGAACUUGAAAUAAGCGAUAUUAUAAAAUACAAGUUAUAUCGUACAACUAUUAUAAAUUCCACUAUUAUAAAUUUGCACGAGGAAUGUCGUUGGUUAAAGGCAGAUUUUUUAUCGAGCACAGAUGAGUUAUAUACGAACAUAUACCAUUUAUGUGAACUGAUUUAUGCCAAUAAAAGUACGAAGUAACCUUUGA